GGGGCGCGGGGGCGCGGGGGCCCGAGGCCGUGCGCGCGCCGCCCGCCUCGCCCGGGACCUGCGCGGCGCGCGGGAUUCUGAUUGGGCUCCAAAGUGUGGAGCCGGCGGGAAGCCAGAAGGGGGACACCCUCACGCCAUUUUGCACGACGCCCCGAGGCGGGUGCCGGAGGCUCAGGGGGACCGGGCGGAGGGCUCCCCCUUGCACUAUCUGGCCUCUGGGGAGGCCAGGGGUCCCCAACACGGGAGUGGCGCUUUGCGGCCGGCGCUUCCCUCUGGGGGCUUCGAGGGCUCGAGGUGUGGGGUGGACCCCUGGGUGCAGGGCCGUGGGUGAGGCAGGGUCUAGCCUUGGGGAUCCCGGCUGAGAUUCGACCCGCGGAAGCGCUGUGGGCAGUGGGGGCGCUGAGAGUGCGCCCCGGGUCUCCAGUUAGAGGUUGGGGUCUGGGGGUUUGGCUGGGGAGGGGACCCGUUUUGGAACGUGAGGUCUUGAGUCUGUGAGCCGGGCUUUGCAGCUGGGAUGUGGAGAUCCUAACGCGGGCGCACUGCCCAGGGGCCUGGCUGGGGUCUGACCUGGGGGGAGGGGGCCUCGGCGGAUUCCAGCGCAGGGCACAGGGUCGCAGUUUGGGUCUCUGGGAAUCCGCGGCAGAGUCUGGCAUCCCCGGGCUGAGGGCGGGGGCUUCGAUGUUCGGGUCUGGGGUCUCGUUUGAGGGCCUGCGGUGACGGCCUGGAGUUCUAGACGUCUUUAUUUUAGGAUCUGAAUCCGUGUUCAGGACUUGGGUUUGCUGUGGAGGGGCCUGAACUUGGCACUUUAGGAUCUGGGUUCUCAGUGUUAAGAUGAUGGCAUCCAUCAGUCAUCAGCAGUUCCCAGAGCGGCCCGGCGCCAGCGCCCUGGCUCCCAGCGACAGGAACAAGACGAAAAACCACACCAGCAAACUCCAAGAGCUGGCCCUGCUGCUACCUGUGCCCGUGCAAAAUGGCGCGAAGAAGCUGACCAAGAAGGAGAUUUUGCAUCACGUCCUACAGUACAUUCAGCACCUGCACAGAAACAUCGAGGCCACCAGGGCCCUGCUGGACGUCCACACCGGCGACGGGGAAGGGCUGGCUCGGAACCCAGCUCCAGGCCCGGCCCGGAGGAGACACGCCACCCCCUCCAGCUCCCCGUGCUCUCGGAAGCCCUGUGUCUGGGGCGUCUGCCAGAAACCGCAGAAGAAGAAGCCGGCCCGAGCGCCAGAGAACCAGACCUCAGGCCGAAAGUCUCGUCGCUGUCUGGCCCUGGACAAGCCCGAGAGGGUGGUGACCCCACCCCCAGAGCAGCAAGGAGGAGCCACCGGGGAGGCCCCCACGCUUCGGAGAUGCCCCGAGCCCUGCGGCCUCCCCAAGGCUGCCUCGGCCUCACCUCGAGGCGAGGGAGGAGGACGACGGGCCGCGCCCACGGUGCCGGACGUGCCCCAGGACGUGGCCUGCUGUGGCCUCCCAACCGGGGAUUCUGCGGGCCUUGCCCAGGGCGGCCCCAGCCUGGAGGCCCAGGACAUUCUGGAGGGGCUCCAUUUUCUCAGCGAUGCCCAGCUCUGGCCCAGGCAGAACCUGGUGCUCUAUGAUUCCGGCGACGAGGUGGACAAGGCGGCCCUGGACGCUGACCCUUGGCUUCCUGUCUGCACCCCAGAGGGCAGCCCCCAAGGGAGCCCGCUGGCCUUGGGGCCCCUGCAGGUGGAUCUCUGGAGCGCGCCCGGCCCCCCGGGCGCCUUCCUGGGCCUCAGCCCGUCUCUGCUCAGCUCCCCGGGCGCACUGUUGCCCGAGCAGAUCCUGGACGACGGAGCUGAGUUCCUGAGCCAAGCUCUCUUCGAAGAUGUGCUGCUGGAGCCCGAGCCUGAGCCCCCGGCCCCCGCGGCUCGGGCACCGCAGGAGGACAAGCCCUGGGGGCCCCCCAAGGAGCCCCCCGGCCCGUGCCAGCCCUCUGUGUCCCUGGAGCACUGCUACCUGUCGCUGAGAGAGGACAGCAAGACGCCCUCCAGCUCCAGCUCCGGCUCUAGCUCCGAGUUCUCCGACACAGACUCCGAGGGCGGCCAGCACGAGGACGCGGGGGCCAGCGCCGAGGGCUCGCCGUCCUCCAGCGACGAGGACGGAGACCGCACGUGGACGCCGACCCGGCGGCCCUGCAGUGGGCCCGCCGCCCGGAGCAAGGCCAGGAAGGGCCACAGCCCCGCCAGGCCCAAGGAGACCAAGAAAGGCCCCGGGCCGGCCCAGGCAAAGAAGAAGUGCGUGAACGGCUUUAUCAUGUUCUGCAGGAUGAACCGCAAGCAGUACAUCCGAGCCUGCCCUGGGACCGCGUCCACAGCCGCCACCAAGGAGCUGGCCCAGCUGUGGCGGGAGAUGACCCUGCAGGAGCGGAGGCCGUACUGCACCAAGGCGCGCCGGUUCAGCCGCCAGCACAACCGCAUCGUGAAACGGGCCAGCUCCAGCAGCGAGGACGAGGACUGGGAGACCCCCAAGCCCUUCUACCAGCUGCUGGCUGAGAAGGCCCGGGCCGCCCGAGCCCUGGCCCCGGCGCCCCACUGCGGGUGACCCUGACCCCUGCCCCUUGCCUUUGCCCUCCACCCUGUGCCUCACCCGAGGGGCCUGGGAGACCCCGAUGAAAUGCAGGGAGUGACAUUCAUGGGCUCUGCCUCCCCCCACCCCAGGAUCAAAUGGUUACAGCCCCCCCCACCCAGGGUUUAUUCUCACCUGAUCCCACCCCACCCCCACUCUAUUUAUAGACUAUUUAUUUAUUGUUUCCAACAAAAUAAACAAGUGCAGCCCUUGUCACCAGCAAGGGCGGGCAGGG